AUGGAAAUUCCAACUUAUAUCUACGUAAUCGCACCGUUGCUAAAUGCAAUCAUAUUCCUGCUAGGAAUCUUUGGAAAUAUUUGUGUUAUAAUAGUGAUUAUAAGAGUUAGAAACAUGAGAACGCCGACAAAUGUGUUUUUGCUCAACCUUAGCGUUGCUGAUGUGUUGGUGUUACUGGUCAGUCAACCUGCAGGUCUGCUGGAAUUCUUCGGGAAGGACAGAUGGUUUCUAGGAGAAGUUAUGUGUAAACUUGUGCCUUUGAUGGAGAAUGGUGCAUUACAUGUUUCAAUAUUGACAAUGUUAGCUGUAACUUUUGAACGCUACCAAGCCAUUUGUCAUCCAUUCAAGUUCCGCAUGGCGUCUACUAUAACGGCUACUUUAAAAUGCAUUCUAGUCAUUUGGAUAAUUGGACUGUUACUCAGUUUACCAAUUCUGUUAAUGACUGAAUACGAAGACGCUAUAUUCUAUGACGGUUCUCCAAUUAAAGUUUGCCGCACGAAAGUAAAUGAAACAUGGCGCGUCUGUUACACAAUAUUCAUCGUCAUCGCGUUCUUUGUAGUACCUUUAUUUGUAUUGAUAUCAUUCUAUACCUGCAUAAUUAGACAGCUGAUGUCUGAUAAACUAAAAUCCCUCGCAAAAAAUGAUCGAACAGCGAUAAAAACUUUAAAAUCAAGAAAACAAGUUGUACGAAUGCUCAUUUUUAUCAUAGUACUGUUUUUCGUCUCUCUUUUCCCAAUAAGGGUAUUUUCUCUUUGGCUUGUGUUUGCUCCAACAACUGCCUUGAUAAAACUUGGACUUGAAGCGUAUCUGAAUUUGAUUUCUUGGGCAAGAAUUAUGAUGUACAUCAACAGUGCCGGAAAUCCUUUGAUAUAUAGUUUGACAUCAACAAAGUUCAAAAAAGCAUUCAAAAAUACCAUACGAUUAAGACGCCGGGCACAGACGACAGAUGUUACAUCGAAUAAACAACUCAAUCUGCGGACCCACAAACAUAUGCAGGAAUUACAGGAUAUGAAGGAAUUGUGCGAUGAAACAGAAGAAAACAAAAACCCUUUGCUUGUUGUUAGACUUGUAUUUACACCGGAAACUCAACAACAUCGCCUUACUGAUUUUAGUCAAGGUUACGUACCACUGCAGCUUAAAAGUGCCAACAUACAUUGGAAUGAUAAAGAUAAAGGCAAAAACAACAGAAAAAAAUAUGAUAUAAAUGUUAUGGAACAUACGAUAUAG